AUGGCGAGUUUGGGGCUUCAUCGCUCCAAGUCGGAUCCGCCGCCGCCGAUUAUGGUCGAGGAUACGGCGUCUGGAGAACCGCCGCAGCCAAGUCCUAGUCCUACACGUAUGAAUGCACCACCUAGAUCCUUCAGUGCAUACGAUUCUCGUCCAUCGCACCCAACUUUGGAGCGAGGCGAGUCUCAGCCGCUGCUACGCGAACGACGAAAAGGCACCUUUGGCCAUCGGCGCAAACACAGUCCUAACAUCGAAUGGCGCGAGAAAUGGAACAAGGACAGCUGGAAACAGGGGCGCGUGCUGUUGAUUGACUAUGUCGCGAGGGAACAUACCAAUGAGGGCAGAAGGAAGAUCGUUGCGCAGGAGUUCUGCGACAUCGACAGCUUACGUCGCUUUUACCGUAAAGAAGAUCUCUCGGGUCAGGCAGCUUUGAGGGUCAUACAUGUACAAAACGCGAGCUGGGCGACGCGAUUCCUUCUACGCAAGUUCAAUAUCGACGCAAGCGACGAUUUAGUCGGCACCACAUUUGGCAGAUGGGCAAGAUAUGAAAGGCCUCAACAAAGGGGUGGAAAGCCGGUACUCAACGGUAAGACGUUCAGGGCGCAGCGAGACCCAUGGAGAGGCAUCAGUCGUGCGGCCUUUGGCUGUGACUACCUGAAGCAUUACGAAAGGCACACAGUCAUGAAUGCACCCGGUGCCGGCGGCCUAAAACCGAUGAUGGAGCUCAACCACUACGAUGUGGCCGAUCAGCCCUGUUACGGUUACGACGUCUAUGUGCAGCGCCUCUCCGUCUACGUGCAACUGAGUGACGGCAAGCCAGGGCAAGCCGUGGAUCCUGACAUACCAAACCCGUACAAUGAAGAGGCAUUCGAGGAGUACCAGCGCUUAAAGAAACAGUACGGCAAUGUAGACGCCAAUGAACAUCAGGAUCGGUACAUACCCAAACUGCGAACCCUCGACAACGGCAACACGAUUAUCAUAUUCGAAAACUCGCAGAGUGGCUCUGUCAAAGACACGUUGAUUGGUGCUCGGCAGGAAAUCGAAUCGCGCUGGAGGCGGCUUACUUUUUACUUACCGCGUGAAGAGAUGGAUAAUGACGAGACGCUUGCGACUGAGUGUAUGGAUUUCAUUCUCAAGGAUAUAUUCAAGGCGGUCGCAUAUAAUUGGGACAAGUUCCUCACUGUUUGCGAGACCCAUGUUGGUAUUCUCGAAGAUAAAAUUUACGAGAAUCCGGCGGACGAGUCUCGCGCCCCUGAGCUGUGGAAAAACAGUGCGCAGUGGCUCAAGGUGGAACGACUACUCUAUAUCCAUGCGGAUAUCGCCAAGGAGAUGCGCUCUUACCUCCACGAGCUUGCACAAUCAGUUCCGAAGGAAGAGGAACCGUGGCUCGGUUCAGUGCCUGACGAGAUCGAGAAACUGACGGGCCAGUGGGAAAGGGACGUCAUUCAACCGACGACAGCGCUGUCGGACUUGAUGUACAAGUCUGUUGGUAUACGAGAUGCCCGACACUCGUUGCAGCUCGGACUGUCUAUGUGGCGGCUUAGCUGGAUAACGUUCAUAUUCCUGCCUCUCACGUUUACGGUUGGGUUCUUCGGCAUGAACGUCAACACCUUUUCAGAGAAUCCACCUAUCAAGUGGUGGUUCAUCACGUCGAUUCCAGUACUCUUCGUCGUCAUCGUCCUAUGGUAUGCCGUCAAGCAUAACCUCGCCUCCCAGCGACAGAAUCCAAUGCGCAGAGGCGUCUACGAAUCCCUGUACUAUGAGCUCGCAACCGAGCACUCCACACUUUGGACGCGGCGGGGCCCACGACCUGGUAUUGUGCCUGUAGGGUGGUGGGGCUCCAUUAAAUGGCGACUCAUGACAUCCUGGUUCGGCGACGACAAGUUGAAGCUCAGCCAGAAUUACGACCCAGCGACUGAAGAAUUCGGUGCCUGGAGCCGCACCAAGCGCUACCUCGUGCGCCGCUGGCUAUCCGAACUAGCCGUUAUGCCCACAACCGUUCUCCCACAGACAUCACAGGAGCCCGGUGAUCUCGCCUCGCUCCAAAACUCAAGCAUGAACAAGGAACUCGGAGCCCUGGGCGAAUUACUCUCCAUCGCCACGCCCGUCGCCAUCGCGGAGCUCGAUCCCACCGCAGCUAGUAGACUGCAGAAGCGCAUCCCGAUUGAACGGCUCCGCAGCCUGAGCCCGACGAGGAGCGAGGCAGGGGGUAGUACGGGGCGGCCGAGCAGUGAUGGGGGUAAUUCGGGGGUCAUGGUCGAGGAAAAGGGGCCGAGUGAAGAUGAGAGGAGUGGGGAUGAGGGCGAGAUGGAGAGGCGGAAGAAGCAGAGGCUGAGGGUCCCGUUUGAGACUGGGUUGUAG